AAGGACUACAACUCCCAGGCUGGAGGAGGGCCCUUCACGUCGGCCGCACGAGCCUCGCACCGCAGCAGCAGCAGCAGCAGCUGGUGCAGCCGAGGAGGCGACUUUGUUACCGCGGAGCCACCGGAGAGGAAACGGCUGAACGAAAUCUCUCGGAAAAAGUGUCAACAGUUUGGGGGAAACGGCUCGACCAAACGUCCGUUGCCCGGAUUUGGCGGUGGCAGCUGUUUUACGAACUUGUCAGAGGAUUUGAACUUUGUCUUUUGGCCGAAAAAAAGAGGUCUUUCUCAAAGUUGAGCCGAAGAGUUCUUCUCUCAUUCAGGAUGUCGGACUGAGACAAAGGGGUCUGGGGGGCAUUCCCGUCGGAGCGCAGGUAAAACUUGAUUCUUGAAGUCCCCUCUGGAUGGGAAAGAUGGAGAGGGAGUUGCAAUGGUGGAAAGGACAGCUAGCUGCAGAUAUCCAUCAAUCCCUCCGCAUCAAGGAGCUGAAGUUACCCGUCUAUCGGGCCCACUCUCCGCAGAUCGGCAUGCGACGGUACUUUGCAGACUUGUUGGCCAUCCUCAGUAAUCGCUACCAGCUAUGUCCUACAGCACGUCACCUGGCCGUCUACCUGCUGGACUUGUUCAUGGACCACUAUGAUGUGGCCGUCAAGCAGCUCUAUGUGAUUGCCCUCUCUUGUCUGCUCCUAGCUAGUAAAUUUGAGGAGAAAGAAGACCGGGUUCCCAAACUGGAGCAGCUGAACUCUCUGGGUUUUAUGUGUAGCCUGAACCUGGUUCUCAACAAGAGGGAUCUGAUCAAAAUGGAGCUUCUGCUGCUGGAGACCUUUGGCUGGAAUCUGUGCAUGCCCACACCCGCCCACUUCAUUGACUACUACCUCCAUGCCUCGGUGCAGGAGGGUGACCUAUACAACGGCUGGCCCCUGUCCUCCCUCUCCAAAACCAAGGCUUUCAUGGACAAAUAUACUCACUACUUUCUGGAGGUCUCACUUCAAGAUCAUGCCUUCCUGAGUUUCCGACCAUCUCAGGUUGCUGCCGCGUGUGUGGCAGCAUCUCGCAUUUGCCUUCAGAUUUCCCCAAGCUGGACGACUGCUCUGCAUCUGCUAACAGGCUACACCUGGGACCACCUCACCCAGUGCAUCGAACUUAUGCUGCUUGCUCAUGACAACGACGUUAAGGAGGCCAACAAAACCAAAUCCACUCCUCCUCACCGACCAUCCUCCCUCCAGUCUCAGCCCCAGACCUCUCACCUCUCUCCAGUGUCGGCCAUCCAGAGACCGGCCUCCUCUUCCUCCUCCACCUCCUCCACACCACAGCUGCUCUUUCAGCCCGAUGGCUUCCCACACCUUUCCCAGCAUUCCCCGUCCCUGUCCCAGCUGCAAGCGCUAGCUGACUCCCAGGCUCUUGGGCCUGUGGUGAACAUGUCUCAGGACUUCUUUCAGAGCCACAGGAUGGGUCUUCUAACUGGCGCUCCCUCCUUGACUCCUGGGGGUGGGUUUCCCUCCUACCCAAGCCUGACCUCUGGUCUUCAGCCGGGGGCUCGUGCGCUGCCGCUCCAGGGCCCAAUUUCUGUGCAGAUGGCCCUCACUGGAGAGCCACGCCACUGUCUGAGUAUGGCCUACAGCGGGGGCUACCUGGGGGCUCAUCACACCUUCACAGCCGGCUGCUUUGACAGGUGACGCCAGGAGACGGAGAGGGAUCACAAACCCCCACGGGAGUGCACUACUAUGCUUCCAUCCCAGCUCCCUACCCUGAAACAUCCACUUACAGACCUCCUCUCUCUCUCCGUCGGCACCGCAACACCUUCAUCAUGUCCAACUCCCCUGUCCCUCUCACAGAGACGCCUCAAACGCAAGCAGAGGUCCAAAGGCAAGACAGACCCGGUGGAAGUCAUCACACUGACGUGACAAGUGCUCCGCUGAAAUACUGAGGCAUUACAAAAAUGUUAUUGCCAUAUUUUGAACUGGUUUUAUAAAUCUGUGCUAUUAUGAGACUGUCAUCACUGUGAAUGAGAUGAAAGCAGCAGUGUGAUCUAACACCCACCUCAUUCAGUGCCUGUUCUCAGUUGUGUGAUAGCUGAGCCAUUUUUAGAAGUGCACAGAACACAAAGUAUGUGUGAUAAGGAUAUCUUGCUGCUUGACUUUUUUUUCUUUUUAAUUUCUUAUCCCAAAAAAUGAACAAAUUGGCUGGUAUUUUUUCUUAGCCACCAUUUGAGAGAUAGAAGAAACAGAGGCUUGGCAAGAAUUAAAAAGGCUAUGUAUGUCGGUGAAAUUUUUGGUUGUGUGUCCUUAAUGUCAGCGAACAUUGAUUCAACGCCUGUAAGCUCUGUUAGAGCUGAAGGGCCCCUCUGGGAAUUCCUCACCACAUAAGACCUCAGAGGAGACGAAGAAUUCAUUGUUUUGCGCACAGCAGGUGAAGUCCGCAGCUCGAACACACCUGCAGUGUUUCAGUUUUAUUCUUUUUUCGUUCCUCUUCUCUCUUGUCCUUGUCAUCUCGUCUCUCCCACCUCCAAAGUCGAGCCUUGUGGCGGAGCCGUCAAACACCCGGGUGAAAAUGUGGCUCUCAUGAACCUGCAGGCUUUGUCAUACUAAAGUUUUAAUUUCUCCAGCGUCCACUACUCAAAGAAACUGAACACAAACUGAUGUGACUGGACCAGUGUGGUGAACGAGACGUGGAUGUUGGUUGUCUAUUGUACAUAUGAAUUGCUGCUGCCUUCUUAUGAACUGUUGGUUCUGUGUCUGUGUUAAUGACUCCAAUGUUUACAUGAACCACUAAGUAUCAGGGACUUGAACAAGAUUACUUGAAUAUGAUGCCAUUGAAACAUGCCAUAGCUUUUAUUUAUGAUGACUCAUUUUUUCUUGUUCUUGAUUUAAAUUUUUAUUUUUAUUUUUUUUAAUAUGUAGUGUAGUUUUUUUUUAAUAUCAACUUAGAAGUUAGUUUUCUUUGUACCCGUUUAUAGGAACUGUAUAUUCAGGCUCAGGUUUUAAGGCUGAAACUAAACUUUAAGCCUUCUCAUUAUUCUGUGCGAUUAUGCUUUAAAUCGGAUGCUAAUGCAGCAUCUGUGGGGUCUGAAAUGCCCCCCUCCAUCACUGGACCAUACUUUGCUUACAACUCAGUAACUGAAUGCACAACACAGUCUGUUUGCAUCGCAGUGGAACAGCCUCGUGGUCACUGGUUUCACACACAAACAUCUGUCGCCAGUCGUCUGUGAUUGCUUCCAAGAUUUCUAAAACUGCAAUCCCCAAUCUCCCACUUCCUGUUUAAGUAUAAACACAUCCAGAUUCCCAGUGUCAGUUGCCCACUGGUUACUAUGGCGAUACCUUAAAUGACCACGGACCCCAACUUCUGAGAUGUCGUUGACCCGAUUGUGAGUGAAUUAGGGGUUUAGCUAACGGUAUCGGUUGACUAUUAACUUUAUUAAUUGUCAUCUUUAACAUUUCUCAAAGUAGUGUAACAUACCCAUUAUUAUAUAUCAAUUCAAAUAUCUUUACCCAACCCAGCAGUCAAAAACUCAAAGAUAUUCAAUGAACUAUCAUAUUUGACAAAGAAAAGCACGACAUUUUCACGUUUGAGAAGCUGGAACUAUGAAAUGUUACUAUGUCACUGCCUUGUCCUCAGCAGCUGCAAUGCUUGAGCUGUGAACCUUGAAUUCUUAGACGUGCAUCUCUCAGAUAAUGCUACAUGAAGCUUUCUGAAUACUGCAACACUCGGCGACUGACGACAGACUGAUAUGAUCAUGAAUCAUCACAUCUUUUACAGCUAGACAUCUGUUUGUUUUCCCACCACUGAAAAGGACAUGCUAAUGUGUUUUUCAGUAAUAUGAGCUAAGAUACUAUGCCUUUGUUUUGCUAACGUUGAUGUACAGUUUUGUUAUAUAUUGGUUUUUUUACAUUCCCUUUGUUUUCAUUGUAUUUUUAGUUAAAGCUUUUUGUGAUUCUGUUGAUGAAUGCUGUUGGUGGUUGGUGGUUAGAGUUCAACUUGCUCUUUUCCUCAUAAUUCAUGAGCAACUUCUCACAGAGGUGCAAUAUGUUGUUUUUUUUCAGUUUAAACUGACCACAGCCAUCACUGUCUCGUGUACACCACUGGUUCAUCUUUUUGUAACUUAUUUUUGAUAAUUGUGUGAUUUGACUUGCUGUAGCUUGGUUUCCUUAGAGGACAGUGGGCUCUGAACACAAUGAAUAUGUUGCAUAUUGCAGCCACUUCCUUUGACUGAUAGAUAUUACUGAAUGCUUUUGUCUUUUAGCUAGUUUUACUGUGCAUUUUUCCGUCCCGUGAAAGGUGCUGAUGUCACUCACACCAAACAACACUUGUCUAAUGUGAUGGUAAUGAAAUGACACCACAAACUUUCAAUUAAUAUUUUUAUAUUAUUUUGUACCAACCUGUAGUCUCGCUUAAUGUGACACUGAAUGAUAAAAGGGGUUCUUUUAUCAUAAUGUGUCAUGGGAAAAUAAACACACAAGUGAA